AUGGGACAGCUGCUGAGGACUGUUAAGGUUGAUUCAGUUUCACACUCUAUUUUACAGUAUGCUACAUGGACCAAUGAUAAGAGUCUAGGGGGCAUUGAAGGAUCUCUCUCCAAGUUACAUGCAGCAGAUCCAACUUUUACAAUGGGACACGUGAUUGCCAAUGGCUUGGUUCUGAUUGGCACUGGGAGUUCAGUGAGGUUAGACAAAGAGCUGGACGGUGCGAUGAAAAAGAUGAUGGCACUCUUAGAAUCGCAACCACUGACUGAGAGGGAGAAGCUACAUGUGUCUGCACUAGACAUGUUUGCCAGUGGGCGUCUUCCUAAAGCUUGUGACAUAUGGGAUAAGAUUCUGCAGGACCAUCCAACUGACAUGUUAGCUCUAAAAUUUGCCCAUGACACUUAUUUUUAUCUGGGAUAUCAAACACAGAUGCGAGACUCUGUUGCCCGUGUAUAUCCUCACUGGACACCUAAUAUUCCACUUAGUAGCUAUGUGAAAGGCAUUUUCUCUUUUGGACUGAUGGAAACUAACCUUUUUGAUCAUGCUGAAAAGCUCGCCAGUGAGGCUUUAGCUAUAAACCAAUCAGAUGCAUGGUCUGUCCAUACCAUAGCACACAUAAAUGAAAUGAAAGCAGACCUGAAGAAUGGGUUGACAUUUAUGAAGCAAACUGAAAACAACUGGAAGGACUGUGACAUGCUUGCUUGCCAUAAUUAUUGGCACUGGGCUUUGUAUUUCAUUGAAAAGGGUGAUUAUGAAGCGGCUUUGACAAUUUAUGACAAUCAUAUUGCUCCCAGAUGCAUGUCAAGUGGAAGUAUGCUAGAUGUAGUAGAUAACUGCUCCAUGCUGUACCGACUUCAGUUGGAAGGUGUAAAGGUAGGAGACAGGUGGAAUGAAGUUAUCCAACUCACAAAGAAACACUCCAAAGAUCAUGUUCUGUUUUUCAAUGAUGUCCACAUUCUCAUGUCUUCGCUAGGGGCCAAAGACCACAAAACCACCAAUGAGCUCUUAACAACUCUUCAGGAACUUGCAAAAGCACCUGGUGAAGACCAUGAGCUGGAUCUAGCUCCGAAGUUGGGGUUGCCACUUUGCCAGGCUUUGGUAGAGUUUGACAAUGGAAAUUAUGACAAGACAGUAGAAUUACUUUAUCCAAUUCGCUACCAGCUCUUACAGAUCGGAGGCAGCAAUGCUCAGAGGGAUGUUUUCAACCAGCUAUUGAUCCAUGCUGCUUUAAAUUGCAAAUCAAAAGCCCAUCAGAACCUGGCCAGAUGCCUCCUGACAGAACGUGAUGGGUUGAGACCAAAUUCACCAUUAACUGAGCGACUUAUUCGGAAGGCAUCAGCUGUUCAUGUGAUGGGAUAAAUCUUAAAUCUGUUAUUCCCGUGGAAAUAAUAAUUAGCACUAUAAUCAGUCGCUUUCUAUG